AUGGGGGUCCCGCAGCCCGGAUGGGGGGGCAUGAGCCUUGGGGGGCUUCUGUUGACCACCCUGGACCUGUGCCUGGUGUCGGGGCUCAGUCUGGAGCCCGUGUACUGGAAUACAGCUAACAAGAGGUUCCAAGCAGAGGGUGGCUACGUGAUCUACCCCCAGAUUGGGGACCGAUUGGACUUGCUGUGCCCCCGGGCCCGGCCCCCCGGCCCCCACUCGUCCCCGGACUACGAGUUCUACAAGCUGUACCUGGUGGGGGCCGCCCAGGGCCGGCGCUGUCAGGCGCCCCCCGCCCCCAACCUGCUCCUCACCUGCGACCGCCCGGACCUGGACCUGCGCUUCACCAUCAAGUUCCAGGAGUACAGCCCCAACCUCUGGGGCCAUGAGUUCCGCAGCAACCAGGACUACUAUAUCAUCGCCACGUCGGACGGGACCCGAGAGGGCCUGGAAAGCCUACAAGGAGGGGUCUGCCUCACCCGAGGGAUGAAAGUCCUACUGCGCGUGGGACAGAACCCCCGAGUGGGCAACGCUCCCCGAAAACCCAUCUCCGAGACCCUCGGCGAGCGGGGAUCGUCUCCUGGAACGGUUCCCGGGAAAGAGAACCCGGCAGGUGGGCCGUCCGGGAACGUGACGGGCGGCGGUGCGGACGGCGGCGCCCUGGCGGCCCCGAGCCUGGCGGCGGUGGCGGGGGCGGCGGGGGGCGCGGCGCUGCUGCUGCUGGGGGCGGCCGGGGCGGGGGGCGCCCUGUGCUGGCGCCGGCGCCGGGCCAAGCCCUCCGAGACCCGGCACCCGGACCCGCCGCCGGCCCGGGGCUCCGGACGCGGGGGCAUCGGGGGCACCAUCAUCGGGGGGAGCAGCAUCAUCGGGGGGAGCGGGGCGGAGCCCGGGGAGCUGGGCAUCCCGCUCAGGGGCGCCGGGGACCCCCCUUUCUGCCCCCACUACGAGAAGGUGAGCGGAGAUUAUGGCCACCCGGUCUACAUCGUCCAGGAUGGGCCCCCCCAGAGCCCCGCUAACAUCUACUACAAGGUAUGA